AUGGAUAACAUCUCGAAAUUGGCUCAUCUCCUCACCAGCGCUCCAAAGACUAUUGAGCUAAUUCCAGGUUCUGGAGAAGAAUGGCUCGAAUCCUACCCAGAUAAUAUCUAUACACCGUUUCUGUUCGUCGAAGGAAACAUAGGCGUACCAGAGAAGGUACUUUACAAGACCUACGUUGCAGCUGUAACUAUGCUCGGAAAUCCAAGGAUGUAUCUUCAGAAACUACGAACAAACGAAGAUGUAGACAGACGACAAGCUCUGGGUCUGACAAGUGUCAUCUUACUUGCGAAUCCUGGGCAUCAGAGCGCAUUGAACAUUCGAAAGACGAUUAUCUUUCGCCCAGACUUCAGCAUUUACGGAAUGGACGCCAUACGUAGCGAACUUAUCUUCACAGCUGUACUUCUGUCUGCGAAGGAGUGCGCAAAGGUUUCCAUGUUGUGGCACCAUCGACGGAUACUUCUUUCACACCUCUAUCCCACGAGUACAAAGGAUCAGUUCGCGAUUAAAUGCGACAAGGAUAAUGUGAUACCUUUACAUACAGAUGAUCACUUCGUCGCAAACGCCGAUCUGUCUGUUUCCGCGUUACAAACCGAGUUCAACGUCGUACGCCAUGCAUGCGAACUCUAUCCACGAAAUUACUUCGCGUGGUAUCAUCGUACCCUCUGCUUACGGUCCUUCCUUACUUACAACUCUGGGUCUCUAGUCAAUCUACCGAUGAUAGACCUCAAAAACGUCCUAACAUCAGAGCUUGAGGACGUAAACCUCUGGAUCAGUAGGCACGUUUCCGACCAUUCCGCCAUGGACUAUAUGUGCCGUAUCGUAGAUGCGCUGGACGAAUUUUUCCCUGUCACUCCUUCGGGAAGAGAUCUGGUGCCCGAGGAUGAGUUUCCCGGGCUGAGACAUGCAAUCGCAUGUAUCAGGAAUACACUCAACCUGGUCGAGGCAUUUCCCUCCCAUGAAGCGCUUUGGCUUUACUUACGUCGGAAUCUCCUCAUGUUCAGAAAACGGGCUACUGCAAAUAUUUCAGAGGAUCCGGCGGUCAAGACCCAGAAUGAGAUGACGACAGAAGCUGAGUCGUUGGCUAGAAACAUCCUCAUCGCAGCAAGGCAGAGAUGCGAAGCCAGUAGCGACACUGGUUCCCCGAACGACGAUAACGAAGUACACAUCAUUUCAAGGUAUUCGUUGCGCUUUCUCCUCUGGCUGAGAGAACUGGUAAGCUUCACGCCAUUCAUACUAUUCGCUUCAGGAAGGCGUUGA